UUCAAUCGCGCACUGUUUAGGUGUAAAGUUUCCGCUUCGUUGCUACUGAUUCGUCAUAUAGCUUUAUAUAAACCGUAACUCGAAUUCAUAUUAUAUAUCUUGACAAAAGAGGUGUUUAGCUGAACCCAAAUGACUUUGUGCUGCCUAUGUAGGUGCACUAAGUCCAUCAGGUAGGAAAUAACAGCACGUGAGUGCACUCUCAGGCCGGCAGCCAUUUGGAAGUGAACCCUGACUCCAGCAGAGGUCACCUGUGUAAUGUGUGAUUCAGGAGCAGAGGGGUUAAAGGGGGCAGCUGAGGGAGAAACCAGCACCACCAGCACCAGCAGUGUGAAACAGCGUGUUGGGUUCAUCGCCACUUGUGCACUUGGAGGUUCUCUGCUGGCUUUAUACUCUGUAGCUGGACCUUUUGUUGCUCCAGCACUGAGGAAGAUUUGUCUCCCUUUUGUCCCUGCGACAAACACUCAGGUCAAAAACAUCCUCAGAGCUUUGCAGUCACGAUCUGGGACUCUUGCGGACAUUGGAAGUGGCGAUGGACGGAUAGUUAUAGCUGCAGCGAGAGAGGGUUUCAGGUCCACCGGCUUUGAGCUGAAUCCAUGGUUGGUGUGGUACUCCCGUUACAAAGCAUGGAGACAAGGGGUUCAUCACCGCACCUCUUUUUAUAUCUCUGACCUGUGGAAGGUCAGUUUUUCACAGUACUCUAAUGUCGUCAUAUUUGGAGUUCCACAAAUGCCACAGAUGGAGCAGCUGGAAGCCAAGCUUCAGGCGGAGCUUCAGUCCUCAGCCCGAGUGGUGGCCUGCCGUUUCCCCUUCCCCACAUGGACUCCCGAUCACGUGACCGGAGAGGGCAUUGACACCGUGUGGGUAUACGAUGCCAAGACUUUCAAAUCUCACAAGACAACCGAAAAGCUGCUGAACAACACUGACGACAAGAUUAAUCCAUCGUGAAGUCAAUACUGUAAUCAUGCAAGGUUUUUUUUUUAAUGCUAAUUGGUGAUUUUAAAUAUAUUGUUUAGAUCAGAAUUUUAAUAAAAAUGUCUGUCUGUUCACUUUUGUUAUUUAUGCCACCGUGCUGCUGAAAUUUCAAUCCUGAUCGGUCCAAAUUAAACAUUUCAUUUAAUGUGCACAUGUGGUGUAUUAUCAUUUCUGAAAAACAAGAACUUGUAUCAAUCCGCAGGUGAUUAUAGAAAGUCGCACGCGCUGAUUUGGUUGAGAAAUUCAGACUAUUUCUCGAUAAUCGCCUCGAGCGACUCGGCAAAAUGGUGCCAGUCGCUUUGUCACUGGAAGUGAGGAAGAAUUACAAAUGAUGAAAGAAAAUGCUGUUCCUAAAAGCACUAAAGAUGCUAUGAAGUUUGGUCUAAAACUAUUCAAGGGUAAGGUGGAAUUGUGAUUUUUUUUUUUUCUCGAGUUCAAAACAAAGUAUUUUAUGUGACUCUGCAUAGAGAAGUGACCCGAGUCAGCGCCGCGCCUUUAUUACAUUUGAGGGUUUUUUUUUCUCCCAAAUAAUCACCUGUGUAUUUAUACUAGAACAAUUAUCCACCUCAGGCUCAGUGAAUAAUAACCUUGACUUUGUUUCAGUUAUUAUUCACCUCACCUUCAGUAAAUAAUUGUUAAUUAUUACUGAAAUACACAGUCCAUGUAAACCAGAGGUGGACAAAGUACCCAACUUCAUUACUUAAGUCAAAGUACAGAUCCCACUGAUUUAAAUGUGACUCCGAUACAAGUGAAAGUUGUCCAGGCAAAAUUUAAGUACUGAAGUACUUGCUUUUAAAAAUACUUAAGUAUUAAAAGUACAUUUUCUGUCAA